AUGGCUCGACCACAAGCAAAUGGGCGUGGAUCGGCCAGGCUCGACAUGAUACCGGGCGACGGUGCAGACGGACUGACAGGAAUGCUUGUUAUCGAAUCCAAGACGUACGAGUUUACCUACAAUGCGACGCAAAGAGUUUCCUUUGCAACUCUCGGACAGCCCACGGUGCAGACCAUUACGGACCUGGUUUCCCAGCUAGGCCGAGAUCAAUAUCGAUUCACGGAGAACGAAGAGGGUUGUAGAUACUGGAUCUACACUUUUAUCUCUGACCUCGAGGGUGCCGACAUUGUUGCCGCCGGUAGCAAAGGUGAAGCCUGGAACUCGCUGUCGAGAUAUUGGUUCCAUCCACCGGGCAGCGGGUCUGACGCGAGAGCGGUUGACGAGGGAACUUUCCUUUAA